UCAUCGCAUGAAAGCGCAGUUACGUGUAAUUUUAUGAGAUAUUAUAGAGAUAAUUAUUAACUGUAUUAGAGAAUAAAAAAAAAAUUUAAUCUUCUCCACAGUAUUAUAAUGAAAGUCAAUGCAAUGAAAGCGAAUAUCUAUUAGGAUAAUUAUUUGCGUAGUUGGAAAAAUUUGCAAAAAUGACCAAUUAUUGGCAACCGAAAAAUAUUCGUGAAUCAGUGUAUCCACUUUUAUUAUUCAAUUGGAUAACAGGUUUAGGUUUAUGUGAUUAUCCAGUGGGAAAUAAAAGAAAUAAAUUUUUUCUUAUUCCUAAUAUUAUAAUUGGAAUAAUUUUUUGUUUGAAUUUAAUUUAUUAUGAAUUUAUCUCAUGUUAUGAUUCCAAAAGAAUAGCAUUUGUGUUGCGUGCAAUUAUGUUUUCUUUUGAAACACUAGUUGCAAUUUCAGCAAUUUUUCAUGGUUGGUACUGUCGUAUGGUGAGUGAUAAUUUGUUUUUGACAAAAAAUUAAUUUUCUAAUUUAUUUAAUGAUAAAAAAUUGAUUUAGAAAAAUUAUGAACUUUAAAAAUUAUUAUUUUUUUUGUAUAAAAGAAAAUGUAUCGUCUAACGGAAAAUAUGGAAGCAUUGAAUGACAAAUUUCAAGAAUUGGGAUUGAAGAAAAAUUAUUAUAAGAGUUUUAAAAGAAAUUUAUUCUGGAUAAUUGUGUAUUUCAUUCUAAAUUGUAUGGCAUAUUUUGUUAAUGCAAAUAUAACUGCUACAACAGUUAAGACAAUGAAACAUUCUUAUAUAUGUACUAUUAUGCUUAAUUGGUCAUAUUAUACAGGGAAUUCGGUUGAUUUAAGUUGGACUUUUACUCUUAAAUUCAUUGAAAGGAAAUUGGAAUUUUUAAAUAUUCUUUUAAUAAAGCGCUAUGGUAAAAAUUUAGAAAGACCAAUUUUUGACGACUAUGUAAAUAGUCGUUUAUUUAUUUCAAAUUCAUCCACUAAUUUGAUAAUGCAAAUGUCAAAAGAGAGAAAGAAAAAAUAUUUGGAAAUGAUUAAGAACUUUCACUAUAUACUUUUUAAUUUAUCACAGGAGAUAAAUGAAAUUUACAGUAUUCAUUUACUUUUACAAAUGACGCUGAGUUUUUGUAGUUUAACAUUAUCGACUUUUGGUAUAGUAUUAUAUUAUAGUCGUGAAAACUAUUUUGAAGUUAUUCAUUUUUUGUUAAAAAGUUGUUUAACAAUUUUGAGUUUCUUUCAAGUUGUUACACCAUGUUCUGCUAUCAAUAAAGAGACUGAAAAAAUGAAAUUAAUUCUAUCAGAUAUAAAAAAUAUGAGAAAAAAUUUCUUAUUAAAAGAAGAGAUUGAUAAUUUCUAUAAUCAAAUACUUCUACUGCCUUUAAAAUUCACAACUUUUAGAAUUAACACAUUGGGAAACAAAUUUAUACUCCAGUUUUUAGGGGCUGUUGUCACAUACGUGGUUAUAUUGCAUCAAUUUUAUGUAAAGUAAAAUUUCAUUGCUUUGAUAUUGAGCAUUGAUAUGAUUAACGAUAUGAUUUUUGGUAACGUGCUCUUUGGGCCACCAAAUUUCUCUGACUCGCAACGUUUUCGAUUAGCAAGGUUCGAUCGUAAUUAGGGGGGGGUAUGGUAUUUAAUUUUUUUUUGCAUCUAUUUUUUUAAAUGAAUGUAUAAUAUUUCAAGAAUAUUGUGUGAUUAUGAAUUUGAAGUCAGAUUUUAAAAAUUGUCAAAAUUUAAAAUGGCGUUUUUCUUGAAAUGACUUUUUUGAAGUCCUUGUUCACGAUAUCUCAAAAUCUACUGAACCAAUCGUUUUGAAAUUUGGCACAGUUUUCAGCGAAAAUCGGGUUUUUGGGUUUCAUGUACUAAGAAAAAUCGAGAUUCACUGCCACUCGUUCAAUUUGCAAUAUUUUUCAAUGAGAAUUUAGGAAAAUAUACUUCAAAUAUUGUAUUAAUAUGUGGGAAUUAAGUUAAUAAAGUAACACACUCUGUAUCACCAAAAAAAAUUAUUAAAAAUGUGCCUUUUUUACACCGAAUUAACCAUAUCCUCCCCCCUUUAUUAAAAUAUCCUUCACUUCUUUUUUAUUGGUCUCCUCAACAUGUAUUUUAAAAAAUAAUUAUAAUUAAAAAACUUUAGAAAUUAAUCGUCCUUCAGUUCAGACACAUUUCUUUUUAACGAUUAAAUUUAUUUAUAAUAUAAAUACCAUGUCUCAAAAUAUGAGAAUAAAUUUAAUAAUCUGAAAAUUGUAAUUCCAGUACUUUUUAUUAAAUUUCCUGACUUGUGGCAACCCUGCUUAUAUAACAUAAUUUCAAAAUUUUAUAGUAUCAUUUUAAGAAGACGAAGAGUUAGAAUGUUUGAAAAAAAUUUAACUGAUUGAUUUAGGGCCAAUUUAACCGCUCAUGAUUGGUCGGUUAGGGAUUUAAUCGUUAAUUAACAUUUAAUCUGAGUUGGUGAAACUGGCCCUUAAUAAUUUUAUUUAUUUUUUUUAUUAAAAUUUCAGUUUAAAAUGACUGGAAAUUAGUAUAAAUUUUCACUAAUUUGCAUUAGUGGAUGACUUUUUACUAAUUCUGUUUUAGAAAGUUCAUCCAUAAAAUACACAGAAAAAAAGCUUCAUCUGGAACAGUGGUACGAUCACUAGAAUAGCUAGUCUUAACUGAAACAAUUAAACCUUUCGCUGUUCCAGAUGAAGCUUUUUUCCGUGUAUGAAUAUAAAAAUAUGUACAAUAAAAAUGAAUGUAUCAACUUUACAUUUAUUUAUUUUAAUAAUAAUAAAAAUUUAUGGAAUAAUUGAGCAUAGACAUAAACUCAAAACUCAACUGUAUCCCAAUAGUUGACAGUAUAAAUUUUUUAUUUUAUGUAAAUUGAGAAUUUUCUAUGAAAAUUCACCUGAUCGAAAACAGUGCCCGGUUUCAAAUAUUUGUUACGUACUGUUUAAUGAUGCAUAUACAUAUACAUUGAGAGUUGAUUUCUGAUAUGUGUAAUGACUUU